GACCCACCACAUCAAAGCGAUACAAGAACUAUUUAUAUAGCAAAUCGUUUUCCCCAGCAUGGCCAUUAUGUUCCUCAGAAGUUUGCGGACAACAGAAUCAUAUCAUCCAAGUAUACGGUGUGGAAUUUUGUUCCAAAAAACUUGUUUGAGCAGUUCAGAAGAGUAGCCAACUUUUAUUUUCUGAUUAUAUUUUUGGUUCAGCUCAUGAUAGAUACCCCUACCAGUCCUAUUACCAGUGGAUUGCCAUUAUUCUUUGUCAUAACUGUGACAGCCAUAAAACAGGGUUAUGAAGACUGGCUACGGCAUAAAGCAGACAAUGAAGUAAAUGGUGCUCCCGUUUAUGUUGUUCGAAGUGGUGGCCUUGUAAAAACUAGAUCCAAAAACAUUCGGGUGGGGGACAUUGUCAGAGUAGCCAAAGAUGAGACUUUUCCUGUUGAUCUGGUGCUCUUGUCAUCUGAUCGAGUCGACGGUUCGUGCCACGUUACUACAGCAAGUUUGGAUGGAGAGACUAAUCUUAAGACACAUGUUGCAGUCCCAGAAACAGCAGUGUUACAGUCUGUUGCCAACCUGGACAAACUUGUAGCUGUCAUAGAAUGUCAGCAGCCAGAAGCAGAUCUAUACAGAUUUGUUGGAAGAAUAACUGUAAGUCAACAAACUGAAGAAAUUGUACGACCUCUUGGGCCUGAAAGUCUCUUACUUCGUGGAGCAAGAUUAAAAAACACUAAAGAAAUAUUUGGUGUUGCAGUGUAUACAGGUAUGGAGACAAAGAUGGCAUUAAAUUACAAGAGUAAAUCUCAGAAACGGUCAGCAGUAGAAAAGUCCAUGAAUUCCUUUUUGAUUAUUUAUCUAAUAAUCCUCCUCUUUGAAGCCAUUCUGAGCACUAUUUUAAAGUAUGCAUGGCAAGCUGAAGAAAAAUGGGAUGAGCCUUGGUAUAAUGGAAAAACAGAACAUGAAAGAAACAGCAGUAAGAUUCUGAGAUUUAUUUCAGAUUUUCUUGCUUUUCUGGUACUUUACAAUUUUAUCAUACCUAUUUCACUUUAUGUGACUGUUGAGAUGCAGAAAUUUCUUGGAUCUUUUUUUAUUGGCUGGGAUCUUGACCUCUAUCACAAAGAAACAAACCAGAGAGCGCAAGUAAAUACUUCAGACCUCAAUGAGGAAUUGGGACAGGUAGAGUAUGUGUUUACAGACAAAACCGGUACAUUAACUGAAAAUGAGAUGCAGUUUCGGGAGUGCUCCAUUAAUGGUGUAAAGUACCAAGAGGUCAAUGGUAAACUAACUCCGGAAGGGUUUUCUGAAGAUUCCCCAGAUGGAAAUAGGCAUAGCUUGAUGAAAGAGGAAGAACUCUUCUUGAAAGCAGUUUGUCUUUGUCAUACAGUGCAGAUCAAUGCAGAUCAAACAGAUGGUGCUGAUGGUCCCUGGCAUGCCAACGGAAUAACAUCCCCGUUGGAGUAUUAUGCUUCUUCACCAGAUGAGAAAGCUUUAGUUGAAGCUGCAAGCCGGGUUGGAGUAGUAUUUACUGGAACUAGUGGGGACAGUAUGGAAGUAAAAAGUCUCGGAAAACCAGAAAG